UCCCGAACCUCCCAUCAUGCUCCCUCCUCUCCCUGCCCGGACUCGCAAGUGUGUGUGGGACUGUGACACGUAACUUUGUCCCCUUUCAGAGACGUGACUAGGCAGCAAACCUCCACCUGGGGCAGGGAGAGAAGAGACGGGACCUUUCUGACCCCCUGUCCCCAAACAAAACCCGUUUUUACCGUUUAUACUGAACAUUUUGCACCAUGGAGGCGAGAGACGCAGCUGCAGGUGCUCUGGUGAGCAGUGAUGGAGAGGAACAAACUGCACAGGAGGAUGCAGCUUCCAAGAAAGAUGCACAAACACAGACCAAAAGCAAGAUGGAGAUGAUCUUUGGGUUCAGGAAGGAGGACCUGACCUCCUGGCACAGCCUGGUGACCCUCCUGAACCGCCCCACUGACCCUGCAUCCCUGGGCAUCUUCCGCUGCUUGUUUGGUUUGCUGAUGGUUAUCGACAUCACGCAGGAACGUGGCCUAAGUCACCUGGACUAUAAGUACCUGGAUGGGGCCCCCGUGUGCCGCUUUCCCCUCUUCAAUUUCCUACAGCCACUGCCGUUGGAUUUGAUGUAUCUGGUGUAUGUGGUGAUGUUCUUCGGUGCUUUGGGCAUCAUGCUUGGCUGUUUCUACCGCCUCUCCUGCCUCAUGUUCAUCUCGACGUACUGGUACAUCUUCUUUCUGGACAAAACGGCGUGGAACAAUCACUCGUACCUGUACGGCCUCAUCGGGUUUCAGCUCACAUUGAUGGACGCCAACAGAUACUGGUCAAUUGAUGGAUUGCGGAGGCCUUCUAUAAGAAAUGCUCACGUGCCUCUGUGGAAUUACACCAUGUUGAGGAUGCAGAUAUUUAUUGUAUACUUCCUCGCUGGAAUCAAAAAAUUGGAUGCUGAUUGGGUGGAGGGAUACUCGAUGUCAUACCUGGCUCACCAUUGGCUGUUUGAUCCUUUCAAAGUGCUCCUUCCUGUGGAGUUAAUUAAUCUGCUGGUGGUGCACGGAGGCGGUCUCUUUCUCGAUCUGACGGCCGGCUACCUACUGUUUUUUGAUGUCACACGACCGUAUGGGAUAUUCUUCGUCUCCUACUUUCACUGCAUGAACUCUCAGCUCUUCAGCAUCGGGAUGUUUUCCUACACAAUGCUCGCCACCAGUCUCCUCUUCUGCUACACCGACUGGCCAAGAAAAUUCUUCGCCCGUUUCCCAGCGUUCCUCGGGGCUGUCCUGCCGUUCACCUCGCCGGACCCUCAGCCCAGUACUUCCUGUGUUUACAACGAGAUCCAAAGCACCAGCACCGAACGCCAGGAGACCCCGCCUGUCGCCAAAGUUUCCAAACUGAGACUAAAGCACAAGCUGGCCUCCAUUUUCACUAUUCUCUACAUAAUGGAACAGUUCUUCCUGCCUUACUCCCACUUCAUCACACAGGGUUACAACAACUGGACCAAUGGCUUGUACGGCUACUCGUGGGACAUGAUGGUUCACUCCCGCAGCCAUCAGCAUGUUAAGAUCACCUACAAAGACGGAAAAACUGGAGAUAUAGGAUAUCUGAACCCGGGGGUGUUCACACAAAGCCGUCGCUGGAAAGACCACGGAGACAUGCUGAAGCAGUACUCCACGUGCCUCAAUCACUUCCUGCCCCGCUAUAACAUCUCUGAUCCUGAAAUCUACUUUGACAUCUGGGUGUCCAUCAACGAACGCUUCCAGCAAAGGAUCUUUGAUCCCCGUGUGGACAUUGUGAAGGCUGAUUGGUCACCUUUCCGACCAAACUCAUGGCUGAUGCCUCUACUGGUAGACCUCUCACCGUGGAGGACCAAGUUCCAGGAGAUUGAGGGCAGUUUGGACAAUCAGACUGAGAUCGUCUUUAUCGCCGAUUUCCCAGGUCUCCACUUAGAAAACUUUGUAAGUGAAGAUCUGGGCAACACCAGCAUCAGUGUACUGCAGGGCAAAGUGAGCGUUGAGAUAGUGGAGGAGAAGAAGAACUACACUCUUCAGCCUGGCGAACAGAUAAAAGUACCUGCUGGGGCUUACCAUAAGGUGUACACAGUGUCUGAAGACCCGUCUUGCUACAUGUACAUCUACGUCAACACCACGGAGGCGGCGCUACAGGAGAACUUCACCAAGCUGCAUGAUCUUCAGGAGCGUGUUCGCAACGGGACAGAAACCGAGCCCCUUCCUCCUGAGCUGCAGCCUCUUAUUGACGAUGAAGGCUCAGAGGUCAACGCCACUGACCCGAUUGUGCGAAUGUUCCUGAAGAGGCAACGCCGUAUGAAGGAGGUGAAGAAGCGCAGGGAGGCCGGUGCACUGGAGCGACUGGAGCGCUUUGCAGUGAAGAAGUACUAUACGCUAAGGAGGGGAUUCUUGAUGACAGCCAUCGCUAUGAGAAACCUGGCGGUGGGUCUCCCUCCUCUGGAACAGCUGUCAAGAGAAGUUGCCUUCGCCAACAUGAAAGAACCUCAGGCAGAGGCCAACCAGGACAAACGGCUGAAAGAUGAAGUCGGUCACGAAGAACUUUAAAGCCGUCGUUGGGACCAAAGAUGCUGUGUUGAAGUGCUGGAUCACACAUCAGAUCAUAAAACAGAUGUGUGUUGUUACUACUGGACUGUUACUGGGGCAUCGCUGCCCAGAAAAUCAAAGGAUUUUUAAUUUUCUAUGCCUCUGAAAUAUUCUGCAUUCAAGAUUAUUUCUAAAUGUAAAGCCAGUAUUUUGUUUACGAACCUGAAUUUAUUAAUGUUUCUGUUAUAGCUGCAGCAAAAGCAGAAUACUUUAUGUCAACAGAUGUGCACUACUUUGCUGUGCAAUAUUACAUUUCCUAUUUGUUAAAUUUUGUUAAUUUUAUAAUUGCAAUUACGGCUCGGUGACAUGACCAAAAAGAAAUAUCAAGACAACACAUUGACAAUUAAUUAAAAGUGCUCCAUGACAGAUGCAAUACAUGAUAUGCUGGAGGAUCCUAAUUUAAAUACGCUAAAUGCUUCUUUGUUUUGAAUUAAAACCAACAAGCAUGUUACUGAACCGUUUUGAAUUUUAAGGGGACAGAUUUUGGCAAACAUACUGACAUGAACAGGAUCAGGUUGGGCGAUAACUCCUCCUCCUGUUGGCUUGAAUUUCAAUAAUUCUGGUCAAUUUUUAGGGAAUAUAAUUCUCUGAUCGUUUAUGCUAACCCUACAAUGUGAUAAAAACUGACUGAUUGAAGUUCAGAGCAAUUGUUAGCGUGUCAAUCGACAGCCUUUUCUAGUCACUUUUCUAAUAAAGAGCUUGUGUCAAUACA